AUGAAAAAGCAACAAUUAACCUUUUCAGUUGGUCCAUCUUCGCCUUUAUUAAGAGCUUAGAGUAAUUAAGGAUCUUUAACUCAUGAAGAGUUAUAAAAGAUAGCAAAUUAGCCAAUUAUUUAAACAAACAUCAGUCCAUUUUAAUAAGGUAAUGUAGAUGUAACAGAUAGGAAUUAAAUUCCUACUUAGCUAAGUUUAAAUGGAGUUCAUAGAAAAGAUUCUAAUAAAUUUGUUUAAUUUACAAUUAAUGACUAAGCUAAUGAUGAAUUCUUAAAGGAUGCACCUAACAUAAGAGCCAUGAAAAUGAAUGCUAUAAACUAAAAAAAUGGAGACUCAGGGGAAGAUAUUUAUAUGGGUACAUGUGCCUAAGAGAAAUUUAAGGAAAAGCAUUUGACUUUUUUUCAAAAAAGGUUAUUGAAUACCAUUAAUGAAAUAGAAGAAACUAACACUGAAAAAAAAAAAAAUGUAAUUAUAAAUACUUAGGGAAAUAGUGUUAAUGGAAAAGAUCAGCCAACAAAAUAUGAUAGCUUUGCAAAAAAUGCAACAACAACACAACAAUAUAAUAACACAAAAGAAAAUUUAGCAAAUGCAAAUAAAGUUUAAAAUUCUGCUCGUAGCGGAUAAAAUAAUAGUAGCUAAAUGAAUCAAUCACUUAGAAAAAGUGAAAUAAAUAAAUCAGAUGGAACCAAAAAAAAAAUAUCAUUAAAAGAUAAUCAGGAAAGAUUAUGGACUCUCAAGAUGGGAUAUAUAUGUGUAGUAAUAGCAAUUAUUGGGGUUGUUUGUAGUAUCAUCAGCUUUUUUAUUUCUAAUUCAUACAGCAAUUAAAACCUCUUGUGUUUUUUAAUAUAUCCCAUUUGUGCUAUCUUGUUGCAAUUAACUUUGAUAGCUGUUUAGAGAAUUAUAUUUGUUAAAAUUAAAGUUUUAGAAUCUUCAAAGUCUUAAUAGUCCUCAUUUAACAGAUAGAAGAUAAAUAAAAAUACAUUUUAUACAUGGAAAUAUUUCAAGACUGUUUAUAAGUAAGUUACUUUUAAACUUAUGUUUUUUACCUUGGCAACUACAAUUAUUUAUGCUCCUAUCAUAGAAUAAGUGGCGCUUGUAUAAAUUUAGCCUUCAGGUGGUAUAUUUUAAAAAGACGAAGACGGUCAAUAUGUACAUUCUUUUGAUGAUAGAAGAAAUUUUUUAUUGAUUUAAUCUGUUCUUAGAUUUCUUUGGGUUUACAUUAUUGGAAUAUUAAAUUAUUUCAUUUUAAAUUAAGAGUAUUCAAGGAUUGAAAAUCUAUCUAAAAAUGAAUAAAAUUAACAUGUUGACAGGAAUCAAUAUUUAGGAUAAAUUUAUAGAGAGUUUGAAAAUGACUUGAUAUAAUUAGAAAAUAAAAUGUCUAUAGGAUUGAAUAGAAAUGUGACUAAAGCUCAUACAAUGGCAGAAUAUUUUAGAGUCUCCAUGCUUGAAAACGGAUAGAAUAAUAAUAAUGGUACACUUGUGAAUAUAAAACCUAGUGAUUAAUUAAUUAGAAACAGCAUAACUUAUAAUGGUGCUUAAACAAUUAAUCAACUCUUAGGUUAAAAAUAAAUUUCUUAAACAAAUACUAAAGAAGGCAAAAAAUCCAAUUUAGUAGAUCCAACAACGAUAACUCAGUUCGCGAAAAAGCAAGGGUCGGUAAAUUAUCCAGAAAAUAUUGAUAUUAUGGCAUUAAUUAAUCAAUAAGCAAAUUAGGGACAAUCAUUAAAGUAAAUAAAAAAAUAAAAGGAAAUCGACCUUCAAAAACAAAAAUAAAGUGAAGAAAUACGUGAUUUAAUUUAAUUUUGGAUGAAAAUUUAAAAGGAAGAUAUAUAUGCAAUUACAUAUAAUAUUAUUAUAGGCUUAACAAUAGUCUUUAUUUCUAUCAUUCUUUUUUAAAAUGUUUUGAUUAAUUAUCUAAUGGAGGAAUCAGAAAUUGGUUUCUAUAUUACUGCUUGCAUCUUUUAUUUUGUUAUCUCAAUACUCUUCUUUAAAGGAGUUUAGCCAAUACUUCGUCGCUAAUAAGAAAUAUGUAAAAAAGUUAUUAGGUCAGUUGUAUUUAUAUUUACCUCAGUCAGCUAAGCAAGUAUUCAUUUUGAAUUGGCCAGAUCUGUACGCUAGGCAUAUAUCAUAUCAAUAAUUAAAGUUUCUUCAAUCAUUAUUUUCCUUUAUGUAGUCCCUUGGAUAUAGUAAAUAUUUCUUGAAAGAGCUGUUUAAAAAUAAGUAGAAAAUGUUUUUCGUGCUUCAAUGUAGUCAAGGUCUUCUUUAAGAAAAUAGAAAAAUAGUGAUUUUCGUCCAUCUCAUAUUAUAGAUUUAAGAGAAAUUUAACACAUUAAUGAUGAAAAAAAAAUUUAUUAGCAAAAUAAAUUAACAUUAAUCUAAUUUUUGGUUUCAUUCUUUAUUACUGAUGUUGCCUCUUCUGUGAGCUUUAUAGCUAUUUCCUUUAUAACUACUAACUACAGUCCAUAAAAACUAGUAAGUUUGCUUCACUCAACCCCUGAUUUCUUUAAUAUUUAUAUUAUCUUAAUGGCUGAAGUCUUAGCUAUGCUUUUAAUCAUCUUCUUAACGAUUUACUUUUUUAAGCGUUAAAUUUCAUAAUCUGAAUAUGAUACUCUUAAGAAUUAUAGCUUUGUGUCAUAUACCCAAGAUCUUGUAAAGGUUAAUUUAUCUGCCAUAUUUUUAUCAUUUUUAUUUAUAUGGCAUUUCGUUUUCAUGCUCUUGAACAAUUGA